AUGUCGCCGGCGCCGAUCAACUCCUCCGAUACAACUCCACAUACUCCUAUUCACUUCGCUCCUUUCAAUGCCGACUCCGUCAAACCUCCUGCCUCCGCCGCACGUGCAAGGUCACGGCCGAGACUGGCGAAACUGAGGAAGCAAUCAGCGUCUCAGACCACAAGGUCGAGGAGCGGAACCACCGCAUCUGCAGUCACCGGUUUCAAUCCUUUUCGCUCUGAUCAGGUAUGUAGUGGUUCCGGUACUUGUGACGCCGGUUUCAAUUCCUUGAACGGUCAUAGCGAGGGUUUUGUUUUUGGUGCUAGGAAGGUUGAUUCUGAUUCUGUUAGGGAUUUGAAUUCCGAGGAGAAAGAAACAGAGGUUAGGAAAAGUGGGAGUGUGGAGUUUGUGUUUAAUGCUGACGAACUUUAUGCUAAAUUGGAUUCAUUUUUUGAUGGAGAGGUAAAGAGUAGUGAGAAUGAGGGGAAGAAUGUUUCUGGUGAGGAAAGGGAGAUAUUAAAUUCGGAACGGGAGAAGGGGGAGGUUAAUGUUACAGGGUUCGUUUUUAGUGCUGGUAGAGGCGAUAAUCCUUCUAAUUUUAAUACAGAAAAGGGAAAGGGAAAACCUAGUGUACCUGUGGGGAAUUCGGAGUUUGAUGAUGGUGGGGAGAGGGAAUGUAAAAAUGAAUUUGUGUUUGGAAUGAAGGAUUCUUCUGGGGACAAGAAUAGAGGUGUUAGAAUGUCUAGUUUUAAUGUAGAAAAGCAGGAAUCUGUUGAUAGCAUGAGAAAUUCGGAUAAUGGAAGCUGUAUUUUUCAUGCUGAGACAGAAACAUACAGUAAUUUUGGUAAUGAUGCUGAUAAGCAUGGUAAUCUGGGUAAUGAUGUUAAGUCUAAGAGUGGAAAUGGAAGUACUAAUGGUAUUUCUUCUACUUAUAAUGACAUUCAUGUAAGUCAAGUAGUAGAUGAGAUUAAUAAGCUGAACAUCAACCGUCCUGAGGGCAUCCAUAUUCCUAGUGAUUCGACAAAUUCACAUGUACAUAGUAGCAAUGGUUUUGUGUUUGGAGGAAGUGACAAUGUUUCUAGCUGUUUCAGUGUUAGUUCAGGAUCUAAUGCUGGAAGUCAACAGUUGCAUACUAAUGACAAUUUUGGUGGGCAAUAUACUGAAGAUGGCAGAACAAGUGAUGUUCAAAAUGGCACUGUUCAUGGUAUCACCCGGGAUGCUGCAGCCGCUGGAAUACCUUGUUCUAAGACAUCCACUAGUCAGGACGGGACCAACAAUUUCCAAUGUGGCAAAAUUCCAGAUUUUCAAGCAUCUGAAGAUGCCCAAGUGAAUGGAGCUGAACAGUCUUAUACGGACUUUAAACCCCCGACAUGGGAUCCUUCUAGUUUUAAAGAAAACUUAUUUUGUAAGUUAAAUGAAAAAUUUGAAUCCACACAAAAGAGUAAAUCUUCCAAAGAAAAAGGAUCAAAAUGUCCGAGGCAAAAAUUGAAGUCACGUUCCUUGAAUAAGAAACAGACAAAGCAAGACCAUUUGCCAAAGGAAACCUGUUCACUUGAAACCCCUGAGUCUUCUGGCGGCUUCUCCCCAAUGGAUUUUUCUCCCUAUCAGGAAGCAUCCGCAGAUGAUCAAGAUGUAAAGGCUUCAGAAGAAUUCAAUAUUCUUCACUCAACAAUUCCUACCGAUUUAAAAGACGAAUGCCCGGCUGCUAUAGGAAGAGAAUAUAUCAACUCAGAUGGUCAGAUAUGUAGAGAUCUUAGUAAUGACGAGUCCUGUUAUGGAGGUUCUUCUGUAGGUGAUGUUCCUUCUUCUGACCCCGAAAUAAUCUGGCCUAAGAUGCAAACUGAAGCGUUCAGUAGCAGUAGUUCUGCCGGUGUUUCUACAGAUGCUGGGAUUGACUUCACCUCUAAAUCUGAAAAGAAAAAGUCUGAUAUAUUUUGUUUUGAUAAUGGUCUGGGUGAUUUGAAGGAGAAAGAUUUUUCAUUUUCGGCAGGGUCCACUGUAGAGAUUACUUCAUUAUUUAAGCCUAAACAGAAGAAGAAAUUUAGGAGGAAAGUGGCUCGUGACUCAUUUGUUAUCUCUCCAAGUGUUAAUGGAAAAUCUGUAUCUUAUGUACAAUUUCCACCACUUACUACUGCCAACAUGUCAGCACAUUCUGAUGUGACAGACAGGUCUCACAUGAAUAAUCAGUUCGAGGAAGAAGGCGAUACGUCAUCAGAUACAAUUCAAGCUGCCUGUUACCAAUGGAGACUCAGGGGGAACCGUGCUCAUAAAGCUAAGGAUCUUUCUAAAGCUGAGGAAUGCUACACACAAGGAAUAGUUUCUGUCCCUUCCAAUAAAAGAUCAGGAUCCUGUAUGAAGCCUCUUUUACUCUGCUAUAGCAACCGUGCAGCAACACGUAUGGCUCUUGGAAGGAUUAGAGAAGCUCUAGAGGAUUGCAUGGUAGCAUCUUCUUUGGACCCCACCUUUCUGAAAGUACAGAUUAGAGCUGCUAACUGCCACCUUUUGCUAGGGGAAGUAGAAAGUGCUCAGCGAUGCUAUAACAAGUGCUUGGAAUCAGGUAAAGUUGUGUGUUUGGAUCGGAGAGUAACAGUUGAAGCAGCUGAAGGUUUACAAAAAGCUCAGGAAGUGGCAAAGUGUAUGAAUGAUGCUGCUAAACUUUUGAAGGAGAGGACUUCUGAGGCAGGUGGUUCUGCUUUAGAACUACUUACAAAGGCAUUGUCAAAGAGUUUAUACUCAGAAAGAUUGCUCCAAAUGAAGGCCGAUGCUCUCUAUCUGCUGCAAAAAUAUGAUGCAGCAAUUCAGCUUUGCGACCAGAGUCUGAGUCUUGCAGAAAAGAAUUUUGCCUUGGCAAACAGUGCGAACAAUUCCAUGGAUGGUAGUUACUUAAGUGUAAAAAUGUGGAGAUGGUCAUUUAUAUCUAAGUGUUACUUUCGUUUGGGGAGGCUUGAUGCAUCACUUAAUGUUAUUGAAAAAUUACAGAAAACAGCAUCUGUCAAUGACAAGUGUAUGAUUGAUAACCUUGAAGACUUGCUGUCAUUAGCUGCUACAAUACAAGAACUUCUAGAUCACAGGAAAGCAGGAAAUGAGAACUUCAAAUUGGGAAAGUAUACAGAAGCAGUGGAGAACUACACUGCUGCUUUAUCUAGUAAUAUUAAAUCACGCCCUUUUGCAGCAAUAUGUUUUGGCAACCGUGCUGCUGCACAUCAAGCUUCAGGCCAAAUUGCUGAUGCCAUUGCAGACUGCAGCAUGGCUAUGGCCCUUGAUGGAAAUUAUGCAAAGGCAAUUUCUAGAAGAGCCACCUUGCAUGAGAUGGUUAGAGACUAUGAACAAGCGGCUUGUGAUAUCCGGAGACUUAUUUCUGUUCUUGGAUCUCAAUCCAAUGAAAAGGCCAAAAAUUUUGAAUCUCCAAAUGGAUCAACUGGUGGCAAAGAAUCAAGGCAAGCUCAACAGCGUCUGCUUACUGUGGAAGAUCAAGCCAAAAUGAGGACCCCCUUGGACUUUUAUCUCAUCUUAGGUAUUAAACCAGCUGAUACAGCAGCUGAUAUCAAGAAGGCAUAUCACAAGGCCGCUCUCAGACAUCACCCUGACAAGGCUGGUCAGUUGUUGGCAAGAAGUGAAGUUGGGGAUGAAGGUCUUUUCUGGAAAGAAAUUUCCCAGGAGGUGCACAAGGAUGCUGAUAGACUUUUCAAAAUGAUUGGAGAGGCAUAUGCUGUACUUUCAGACCCUGCCAAGCGCGCGGACUAUGAUAUGGAAGAGGACAUAAGGAAACUUUAUAAACAAAGUAACAAAGGUGGCGCAUGCAGGAGAUCUUCAGACGUUUAUGGAAAUGGAAGAUCAUCUGAUAGUUAUAGAUCUUCCUAUGACAGAACUUAUAACAGACGAUAUGGACAUUGGAGCACAUAUGGAGAUUCCUAUUCUCGAUGGUAA